AUGCAAUGGACCUGCAUCCGUUUAUUCAUCGUAGUGUAUUCACUACAGAUAUCUCGGGCAGCAUAUCUGUCCAAUGUGGCAGUUGAACUUCUUGCACCUCCAGCUGGACAAGAGACGUACUUGUGGAUAGGGUUUCGAACAAGUAACACCACGAGUAGCACAAGUUCGUACAGCAAAUCUGAAGACUUUCCGUACCAUUCGUUGCUCAUCCAAGAAGAGUCCGAGUCCUCGACUCAGCAGAUUCUAAGUUUUGCAGCAAAUUGCUCUUCCUUGGUGGAACUGGCUGGGGGGUGGCCUGGAAGUAUUGCAUGCCAUGGGGGCUUCUUUCAGUUUGACGGAGUUUUGAGUGCUGCCACAUGGUAUGAGCUUGUGAUACUGGUGAACAUAUCGAGCUCUGCGAUUCGAACCUCAGGCUCAAGGUUGAGGCUGCUAGUUGGAAGACUGGCAUUUGUACCCGUGCCUGCAAAAAGCUUUCAGAACCAGGUGAGGUGCUCAGCUACCUGA